AUGUCGUUUAAGGCUGUGUUCCGAAAUUCACUGCCAAAAAAUCCUAUUUACUCUGGAUACGAAUCGAGAAUUUCAAUAUUACCGCGCGAUAGCUAUAGUAACAACCUAACGUAUCGAACAAACCGCGUGUAUACUUUGGUCAGAUUCGUUACUCACGAUUAUAUUAGUCGUGCGAAAAAUAUUGAAAUGUCUGAAGAAAAACAAAUUAAGGAGAGUAAAAAAGUGACUGUGUGUGAGAUUCCUGUAAAAUGUGAUAACUUUAAAAGCGAAGUGGCUGUUGAUAAUAUUCGCAAAGAAGUAAACUUUCUCGAAAGCAUGUCGCAACAAUCUUGGCCGCACAAGUACAAAUAUCUAACUGGGCAAUUUUUUAGCGAGGUGUUAGCGGUAGAAUGCAAAAGAGUGGGAUUUCCGGUGGAUACUUUUGAACGUGACCUGCCGGAAGACACGAUCGAACGUUCACCGAUUCUUUUGAAACCUUCACCGGCCUUCCCCAAAACGACAUUCGCCGAGAUUGGACAUCGCUCGUCUCGCGCGGAAUAUAAUUUAGAAUUUGCUGGCCGUUUAUACAUCUCGCCAAAGUGGACGAUCGAGCCUUCCACGGAUUCUCCGGAAUUACGCGUCACACAACAAAAAUUUAUUUUUUUGGGUUGAUAAUUUUAACCAUUUGCAUACAUAAUGUGUCAAUACGUAUCUAAAAAUGAAUAUAAUACCUCCUAAAAAUAAACAAACACAUACACAUCACACAUAUCAGUACAAUAUUCUUACCUGGUGGUGAUGAUUAAUUAUUGCACUUUGGCGAGAAGAUAAUCUGAAAACGAAUUGAUGAAUCUUCAACGAUUUCAAGCGAGGCAAGAACGAAACAAAAUGGCUGAUAUUAUAAACACAAUAUAUAUUACAAUUAGCGUUUUCGAGUGAACGGAUUUUACUAUUUUACUAUAAAUUCAAAUCUUUUAUUGGCAGAGACAAUGCAAUGACGUCAUUAAUCAACCUUGAGUCGAUCAAAAUCCGUUCACUCGAAAAUGAUUGUACAUAGUAUUUAAA